AUGAGCCCCAAGACUCUAGAUUUGGAUCUUUCGAGAUUCCCCAAGCUCUCACGCGAGCAGGCCGGCCAUGUGCGGCACUUCUGGAAUAUCAGUACCAGCAUCGACGGCGAGUGGCCACAUAUGGGGACCCAGGAUCCAGACCAGGCUUUUCUGGACGCAUACCGCUACCAGCUGGCCACCAUGGCCUACGGCGCUGGCGUGGCGCACUACCACCGUCUCCCUGCGAUGAGAAGUCUCUUUCAGCCGCUCAUCCGCAACUUGAUCCGCAAGAUGUUGCGGCGGGAGGUUUGGUCCUACUGGUAUUUGACUUCGCAGUCCGGCAACCGCCUCGACCCGGGCCUCGAGAAGCUCCGGCAGCCGUGGGCGGACCCCGUGGUCCGGGAGAACAUCAUGUACAGUGGGCACCUGUUGAUGAUGACAAGCUUGUACGCCAUGCUCUUCGAUGAUGACGAGUUUGAGCGUCCGGGCAGCUUGACCUUCGAAUGGGAUCCAUUGUUUUGGGGCAUGGGGCCCGAGAGCUUCUCGUACGACAACCGGUCCCUUCAGGGGGCGAUCUUAAAGGAGAUGGAGAGAGGCGGCUGGGCUGGCGUGGCUAACGCGUUCAUGAAUACCUGGAAUUCCGAGUUCGUGAGAGACAGCUAUGAUAAACAAGCCCUCGGGUUCAUCACCAAUAUCGACGGCCAUAUUGAGCUCCACCACCCUGCGAUUGGUGCGACGAUCCGGCAGCUCGUCCGGGAAGAGCAGGCCGACCCAAGCUCGGCGGAAACAUUGCAGCGUGCCCGAGACAAGUAUCUCGCCAACCGUUCGGCCGGUUUCAAAUACAUGCAACCGCUUUUUGGAUACGUUGUCGAGUGGCUUUCGGAGUUGGGCAAGUCAAAAGAGCUGGGAGCACUCUUGUCGCAUGCUGACGCACACUUUUCUCCCACCUGGGAUCGAGGGGGCCUUUACUACCCGCGCCAGGAUCAAGUGACGGACGAAUCGUGCUGCUGGAAGUUUGUCGACCCCUUCACCGGAAAUGCGGCGAUUGGGUAUGCUCGGCUCAACGUUGAGGAUGGCCAAAAGAAGAUGUGGGAUAAGCCUUGGACCAGGGGUAGCCUUGCAAAAUACCCAUGGGUGGAUGAUCUCGACUUAUCCCAGGGGGUAGACUGCUUGCGGGGAUGUUGGGUGGAAGAGGAGCAGGCCAUGGUAAUAUCAUUACGGGCUUGGGAUGGUGUUGACCAUAAGCUUGACUUCUCCGUGAAGAACCUCCCGGCCGGCCAUUGGGGGGUGUAUGAGAACGGGCUUCUGUUGUGUGAGCACCAGAUCACCAAAGGGGAUGCAGUCGAGGUGUCUACGAUGGUUUGUCGGGAUCGGGAGAUCGAUGUUGUGGUGGUGAAAUUGUCACAGCUCCUCGGCGUGUCCGCUCAACUCGAGGUCUACUAUUUAUCCGUUCUUUUCUUUGCACGCGAGAGUUUGAGAGUUGCUAUCCAGAGACAAGACUCCUCGAAACUCGCAGCUAAGGACAACAAGGAUGGCGACAGUCGUGAUAACCGCGUGACGAACGCAUCGGUUCAAGCUGUGGUCAACCUGGGUUAUCUCGCCAUUGCCCUUGGUAUUCCAUUGGCCUUCCUUUUCGGUUGGCUUUACCUUGGCUCGUUGAGCACAUCCACGCUAUCAUCCGCACCGAAUCUGGUUGUCUCUCUCUACAUCUACGCCCUCGCUGCUGUUGUAGAGCUCGUCUCCGAGCCCGCUUUCGUCGUGAUGCAGAACCGCCUGCAGUUCGGCACUCGGGCAACUGCCGAAUCAACGGCCACCUUCUUACGUUGUGUUGUUACGCUCGGGUCGGCCGUUUGGGGCGCCAACCGUGACCUGGGCGUCCUACCUUUCGCCCUCGGUCAGUUGAGCUACGGCCUCGGGCUACUUGCCGUCUACACCUGGCACGGGUCAGGUCUCGCAAAAAGGGAGGGGUUCUCGCUCCUCCCUCGCCGGAUCACCGCCCUCCCGACCAAGGCCGCACAGCAACAGAAGCUCGACGAACCGGAAUUCAUGCUCUCCUACUUUUACCGCCCCACUCUGCAACUCGCAUCCAGCAUGAUGGCUCAGAGCCUCGUCAAGCACAUCCUUACCCAGGGUGACACUUUUCUGGUCAGCAUCCUCUCCACGCCCACCGCGCAGGGAGUUUACGCCCUCGCCAACAACUACGGCAGCCUGCUCGCCCGCCUCGUCUUCCAGCCCAUCGAGGAAAGCAGCCGCAGUUACUUCAGCCGUCUGCUCGCCCCAUCCACCCCUCCUCCCACCACCCCCAAACCCCCCGGAAAACAAACCCAACCCUCCCCCGAUGCGGCCAGCCCCGCGCACGCAGCCCUCCAGGCCCUCCAGUCCCUCCUCCGGGCCUACCUCCUCCUCUCGCUCGCCAUCACCGCCCUCGGCCCGGCCGCCUCGCCGCCCCUGCUCGCUCUCGUCGCCGGCCCGCGCUGGGCCGGCUCCGGCGCCGCCGACUGCCUGGCCGCCUACAUGUGGUACGUGCCGCUGCUGGCCGUCAACGGCGUGGCCGAGGCCUUUGUCGCGUCCGUGGCCUCCGAGGCCGAGGUUCACCGCCAGAGCGCCUGGAUGGGCGCGUUCUCGGUCGUGUUUGGGGUCGCGGGGUUUGUGUUUCUGAGGGUGUUGGGGUGGGGGGCGGUUGGGUUGGUGGUGGCGAAUGGGAUUAAUAUGGCGUGUCGGAUUGUGUGGUGUGUGGGGUUUAUUAAGGGGUAUUUUGGGCGGACGGGCCUGAGGUUUGAGGUGCUUGGUGUUAUGCCCUCGCCGGGCGCGAUGUUGGCUGCGGCGGUUACGUCGCAGGUUGUGAAGAGGGUUGUUGCAUCAGGGGCUUCGCCAGGUGGUGCCCGGGAGGCCGUUGUGGAACUUGUCAAGGUGGCGGUGGUUGCGGUGCCGUUUGUGAUUGCAGUGGCCGUAUCUGAACGGCGUUUUCUGCACGGAGCGUUUCAAGCGGUCCGAGGGCAUCGGCAAUCAAGUUCUUGA